AUGAGCCCUUCAGCAGUCGAAGGAAAUGGGGUCGCAGAUGUCAAGACGACUCUCAAGCCCAACAUUGGCGUUUACACCAACCCCAACCAUGAUCUCUGGGUAACGGCUGCUGAACCCUCUGCUGAGGCCGUCAAGUCCGGCUCCGACUUGAAGCAUGGCGAGGUCAGUGUUGCUAUCCGCAGCACUGGUAUCUGCGGCUCCGAUGUUCACUUCUGGCAUGCUGGUUGCAUCGGUCCUAUGAUCGUCGAGGGCGACCACAUCCUAGGCCAUGAGUCGGCCGGCGAGGUUAUCGCCGUGCACCCUUCUGUCAGCCAUCUCAAGGUUGGCGACAGGGUCGCUGUCGAGCCAAAUAUCCCCUGCGGUACCUGCGAGCCCUGCCUUACUGGCCGAUACAAUGGUUGUGAGAGCGUCCUGUUCCUGUCAACACCACCUGUUCCUGGCAUGUUGCGCCGAUAUAUCAACCACCCGGCUGUCUGGUGUCACAAGAUUGGAAAUAUGUCAUUUGAGAACGGCGCUCUCCUCGAGCCUCUCAGUGUUGCCCUUGCUGGCAUGCAGAGGGCUCAGGUCGCCCUGGGAGACCCCGUCCUGAUUUGCGGUGCUGGACCUAUCGGGCUGAUCACCCUUCAGUGCUGUGCCGCCGCAGGUGCUUCUCCCAUCGUCAUCACGGAUAUUUCAGAGAGCCGGUUGGCAUUUGCUAAGGAGCUCUGCCCUCGCGUGAUUACACACAAGGUCGAGCGACUGUCAGCUGAGGACUCCGCCAAAGCAAUUGUUAAGAGCUUUGGAGGCAUCGAGCCCAGUGUUGCUCUGGAGUGUACCGGCGUCGAAAGUAGUAUUGCCUCUGCCGUCUGGUCAGUAAAGUUUGGCGGCAAGGUCUUUAUCAUUGGCGUCGGAAAGAACGAGAUUAACAUCCCCUUCAUGCGCGCAAGUGUACGAGAAGUCGACAUUCAGCUACAGUAUCGUUAUUGCAACACCUGGCCUAGAGCUAUCCGCUUGGUUGAGAACAACGUAGUUGACCUCUCAAAGCUCGUCACUCACAAGUUCAAGCUUGAGGAUGCCAUCAAGGCGUUUGAGACGUCAGCAGAUCCCAAGAGCGGGGCCAUCAAGCGAGUUCUUCCGAGCUUUUUUUCUCCCUCAGACGACCUCACUCAAGAUCCAGACCCAGCUUCGACUCCAUCAAUUGACCACCCGCCGCCGGUCUCUUUACCCCACGGAGCUCCGAUAUCGAAUCUACGAGGCAUCUCGCACUCUUUUACUGCCUUAGCCGUCACCAUGUCUUCUCUCGCUCGUCCCAUGCUCCGUUCGCCCGCUCUCCGCGUCGCCGCCCGACGCUUCGAGAGCACCGCCACCCAGAAGGCCACCGAGAACGCAAAGCAGGCUGCCUCCAAAGCCACCGAGAAUGCUAAGCUGGCUGCCUCAAGGGCCCAGGAAGGUCUGUCGCGUGUCACAACCGCUGCUGGCCCUGCUAUUGCUGGUUACGCCAAGGGCGUUGCCAACACUCUGGGCAAGGUUGGCGGACGAACGGGCAAGGUCAUCGGCUUCGUUGAACGACAAGUCCCCUUCGUCGUUUACUACUCCAAGGUCGCCCUCGAGCUGGGCAAGUUCGUCUUCCAUAACCAGAAGAUGAGCCCUCCCAACCUGGCCACCUUCCAAAACACAUACCAGAGCAUUAUCAAGUCCAUCCAGAACCGUACCAUCAUCCAGUCUACUCAGAACGCCAUCCAGCAGGUACGGAAUAUCGGCCCUGCUCAGCUCGCCGCUGGCGGUGUUGUCGCAGCUGAGGUCCUCGGCUUUUUCACCGUUGGUGAGAUUAUUGGGCGAUUCAAGCUUGUUGGCUACCGUGGUGAGGCCUCUUCCCACCACUAA